CAAAGCCCAACUGUGUAGUUCUUCCUUUCCCUAUAAAACCCCUAAAAACCCAUAUUCCGAUAGUUCUAGUCUAGGGUUACGCCGUCGUCGCUUUUUGUGUGUGUAUCAGGUGCAGCUACCAACGAUGGUGAAAGGUCGUCAAGGAGAGCGCGUCAGACUCUACGUGAGGGGUACAAUCCUUGGAUACAAAAGGUCCAAGUCCAACCAGUACCCAAACACAUCCCUGAUCCAAAUUGAGGGAGUGAACACCAAAGAAGAAGUAGGAUGGUAUGCUGGCAAGAAAAUGGCCUAUAUCUACAAGGCUAAGGUGAAAAAGGAUGGAAGCCAUUACCGCUGCAUAUGGGGCAAGGUUACGAGGCCUCACGGCAACAGUGGUGUUGUCCGUGCAAAAUUCAAGUCAAACCUUCCACCCAGAUCGAUGGGAGCUCGAGUAAGAGUAUUCAUGUAUCCAAGUAAUAUAUGAGAUUCAGGUGAUAAGACGCUCAGAAUUCGCAGCUUAAUAGUAGGCACAAGGAUUUUUGUUUCAGCUUUGAUAAUUUUGUUGUCUGUCAACUUUUUGAGAAUUUUCCUUACGGUUUAGACGUUCAUUUGAACGAAUGUUUUUCUCCGUUAUUAUAGCUAUUGUCUAUGAAGAUUAUAUAUUCAUUACUAUGAAGCGUGUGGAUUUGGUUACCUUGAAUGUUCGCAUUUCUA